CCGAGGCUCUUGGGGCGGAGCUAAAGGAGGAGGAGGGCUGAAGAAUUCGCGCGGAGAAGGUCAACAUCCAGUGUCUGAGAGCGGCUGUUGGCGUCUGCCGCUUUGCCUUCUCUAUCCGUGUCAGAGCCAGGAAUGGCCAAAACUGGAAGCUAAUUCUACAGUGAAGGAAGAACUUGACGUGUGUUGAGACAUCUAGCAAUUGUGAAGAAUGAUCAUGUGACACUAAAAAGAUGGCAGCUAAACUGCUGAGAUUCCUGGCUACAUGUCCUUAUAAAAUGAGCCAACAGUUCCAUAAAUAUGAAUAUUUAUCAUCGAGCAACAGUCUUUGUAGGAAGUCAAGCAAUUCUCUGUCGGCAAAAAGUUUAUUCAGUCUAUGCAUUCCAGAAACCGUGGUUUCUCAAUUAACCCAUAUUUGUCGGCAAGCUAAAAACUCGCAGAAACCACAGGCUGAUGUUACUACUGCAGCAAAGACUAUGAAUUAUUUGGUUCCAGAUAUCUGUCCUCCAACUCAAGAACAAUUGUGUGCUCUAAAAUCUUCAGUUUACAAGUACAAUCCUAAGUGUAUAAGAAAGUUUAUUAAGUUACCUGUACAGCAUUAUUCAGUCUUAUCAGCUGGUAAAAUCAUGCUAAGUCAAGGUAUAGUGUCAACCAAAAGGCCACCAAAGGCAUCUAGGACCAAGCAGCCAUCCAGAGCGAAUCUGCCACAACUUUCUGAAACAGAGGAUCUUAUGCAGUGCACAGCCUUUGCAACAGCAGAUGAAUAUCAUCUUGGUAAUCUAUGCCAUGACCUGACAUCACAGGGCUAUGUUGAAAUAACAUCAUUACCUAGAGAUGCAGCAAAUGUUUUGGUGAUUGGAACAGAAAACGCAAUGAAAGAAUAUGAUCCUGGGAUGAUCUUUUUUUUCAAGGAAGGGUCUGUUGUCUUCUGGAACGUUGAAGAGAAAACAAUGAAGAAUAUAAUGCAAGUGCUGGAAAGGCAUGAAAUUCAGCCAUAUGAAGUUGCUCUGAUUCACUGGGAGAAUGAAGAGAUUAACUACCGAAGAGAAGAAGGGCCAUCAAAGCUUCAUAGAGGAGAAAUCCUGAUAAAUUGCGAACUAGAUAUUGAUGAAGUCACUCUAGAGAAGUUUGCUUUUUCAAAUGCUCUUUGCCUUUCUGUAAAAUUGGCCAUAUGGGAAGCAUCCUUGGAUAACUUUGUAGAAUCUAUCCAGUCAAUACCUGAGAUGCUAAAAUCGAGAAGGAAGCUGAAACUCUCUCAUGGUGAUGUGAUGCAGAAAAUAGGAGAAUUGUUUGCCUUAAGGCACCGUAUAAAUCUGAGCUCAGACCUCCUCAUCACUCCAGAUUUUUAUUGGGAUAGAGAACACCUUGAACAGCUUUAUGAUAAAACAUGUCAGUUUCUCAGUAUCAAUCGCAGAGUUAAGGUGGUAAAUGAAAAGCUACAACACUGCACAGAGCUGACAGACUUGAUGAGAAGUCACUUGAGUGAAAAACAUGCUUUGCGCUUGGAAUGGAUGAUAGUGAUACUCAUAACCAUAGAGGUCAUGUUUGAACUUGGCCGGGUGCUUUUCUAAUAACACUAGUAAAUGGCAACUGAAGUGUGUUUGUCAAGAUUAUGGAGAUCAUCCAAACAACUACUUUCUUGAGCUGCUUUCUUCUGGAAACUGCCGUGAUAAUGUAUGGACACUUGUUGCAUACAUAAAAAUUGAUGUAACUGGAUCAAAGUUAUGCUAAGUUACUUGAAAAUUAUGAUGCAGAGUAAGUCAGUCCUUAUUUAGGAUGUUUAAAAUUUAGAAUGGAGAUUAUAAGGCAGGCUUUGUUCAUGGUGUAUCCAAACUGAUUGUUGUUUCUCUGUUGUGCUUGACAAAAUUGAGCAGUGCAGUUGCAGUCUGCCAAACAGCAGUCUUCAGUAUGAAAAAUCACACCUAGUUUCAAAGGUACACUCCUUCUGCAAACAUGCCAUUUACGUUCAGCAUCAAGUUAGGCUUUUUAUAAACUGUACCACUACACAUGUGCAUGUAGAUGGCCCAAAGACAAAUAAGAUGUCAGGAAGAAAGCUGUGCUGAGUCCUUCUCCCUGAUAGGCUGGUCUUGUACGAGCAGUAGGGAGCUUUCAAAUAUGUGUCCCAUGACUGUAGGCUGAAGUGGCAACAGUUCAAGAGAAACAUUAUCCAUUUAUUCUGCAUGUAGAAUAUGGCCACAGCUUGAGGCCAGAAACAGAAAACUGAACCAACCACAAAAACUGGUUUAAAGAAGAGAGAUUUUGUGUGCGCAUGCAUGCAAAGUGGCAGCUGAAAUAGAAUGGAAUCUGAACUUGGCAGCAUUGAACCAAAUCUUGUACUGAAUUGCUAAGCACACAAGCUAGUUACUAGUUAAAUGUAAGCAGUUCAACAGACAACACGGGUAAUGCUUUUAAGAAUGGCAAGGUAGAACCUUCUGCUCCAGCUGUUCAGAAGCAUGCAAAAGAGAUGUCCCAGGAAACCUUAGGAAGAGAGAGAAGAGUUCUGGUAGUGGUAGUUCUCAGGCACUUAACUUGAACCCCCCCCCCACACCUAGUAUAUAAACUGCUGCUUUCAAAUUGGAACAAAGAAAGCUAAUCCUGUUAAAUUGUGGACUAGUUUAAUAUUACUAAAGAUUUGUAUUUGGAUGAUAAACCAGCUAGAACUAUUUUUUUCAGUGUUUGGGUAGUUCAGAGUGAACUUGAGCUGCUUUCCCAAACAACACAAGACUGUUAAUUAAAGCAAGACCUGCAAAUAUAUUGAUCACUAUUUAGAUUUUUUUUAAAGCAGGAAACCCAAUCUUAAUAAAAGUGAAAAAAGCUUAAACAUUAUCUUGAUAAGUAAGAUCUAGGUUACACUCAUCCAACAUUGUUUCCAGUUGCGGCUAGUUGGGUACCUCUAGAAACUUACAACUAGAGCGUAGAAGUAACUGUUCCAUGUUAUUUAGUUCAUAGUAUCUAUUCUUCAGAUGCAUACUCUGAAUGUGGAGUUUCCAUUUAAUUAUCACAGCUGUUAUUUUCUCCAUAUUGUGUGCCUUUUAUGACUUGUUUUUGUAAAACACUUCCUUUUGUCAGUCCUGAACAUACUGCCAGUCAACAAAAUUGAUUGCCCCCAAGUUCUAUCUUUUUCAUGUUCUUUAGUUAUCACAUACACACAAAUGACGAAAAGCCCCAUAGGAAGCUACUCUAUGCCCUUAAUCAUUUUAGUUUUUUCAGCUCUACAUUCUUUUUGGAACAGGAUGAUCAGAACUGCCAAAAUUUUCUAGACAUGGCUACACCAUGUGUAUUAAUGACAUUAUACUUUGAAUUCUUCACUCCCAGGACAGCAAAAAGCUUGCUUAGCUAAUUUAUACAGUAUUUGAAAACUGACUUUCAGAUCUGAAGAACACAUUAUACUUGCUAAUUACUAUUCUUGUGGCAAGUUCUCCCUACCAGAAUGUUUAGGUACACUUAACGUGAAAUUUGAUCAUCCUACUGCAUCCUUUCCAGUAGAGGUCAGUGAAGUGGAGGAGGAUCAACCAAGGUAUAUUAAUGCUGCAUUGGGUGGUGAAUGUAAACAAGCAGUACUGGAGGAGCAGGGAAUCUGCCUUACACAGUAUUCAUCUGCUUUUGUCAUCAUUCCCUUUUCAGGGAUUGAUUGAAACAGUUGUGGAUGGUAUGGUAUUAAUACAUGCAAAUGGGUUGGAUCCCAUGAAUUACCAAUGGUGAAAUUCUGAUGAUCCAGUAUCUUCCCUAUCUAGCCCCAGCCUUCUCUGAUCUCUGGAAACCUUAUCCCCCCCAAAUCAAAAGGUUGCCAACUCCAGUCUGAGAAAUCGCUGGAGAGUUAGGGGCAGUGUCGGCCCUCUGAAGCUUCCAUUUUCUUCAGGGGAAGUGAUGUCUGUAGUCUGGAAAUCAAUAGUAAUUCUCUGACCAUUUCUGGUUCCUCCUAGAGACUGGCAACCCUAUUCAAGGGACCUGCAUGGACUAAUAGUCAUGUGGGCCAGGUGGCUGCAGUGGGGAGAACGCGAGUGUCUGUUUCUUGUAUAAAUGGAACUCUACUUACAGAAAGAGCAAUUUCAUCCCCUUUGCCCUUCCCACUACAUCAGGUAAUAGCUGUGUGGCUAUUAAUCCAUAUGGGUCCCUUGACCCUAGAGAAGUCUUUUCUGUGAUUGAAAGGGGCUUGGGGAAGAUGGAAAAGCACCCAUAAUCCCAUUGAGUGUUUGAGAGGAUAGAUGAUAAUUUGCAAAUAUCACACCAAUCAAAGUGCACAUGUAUUCUAAUUGCUGAAGAAGUACCUGAAAUGCUUUUUAAGGUAAUUUACAGCGCAAUUGCCAUGACUCUUCAACCCAGUGCAAGUAUUAUAUGCAGAAGAUCCCUAGCAUUCUGAAGACUUACUAGUGGAAACUAGAAGAGCUGAUGCCUGUCAGUAAGUUAUACAAGAUAUGCCUUCAAAGAGUCAGUAGUCUGAUUUAUAUGAAGGCAGCUUCAUAGGUGGGACAGUAGCCCCUACUAUUACUAUUGAGUUCUGGACCAUAUAUAAGAAGUUUUUACACCCAAAAUACAAAGUAGUAUAAAUUUAAAGUCCUGAAAUGCACAGAUACAGCACUCUCUAAUAACACACAACUUACAGCUAAUAUUGACAUUAAGAUUUUUUUAAAAAUCGUUGAAAUGUCAAAACUUCUCUUGGACUUCGUUCACACACCCUCUCCCACUAAAAAAAUGCAUUUUGGACAAUUUAACUGUGCAUACAUGCUGACCAGGGAGAGCAGGGAUUUGCAUUUUUCAGAAACUAAGCAUACUAAAGUAUUUGUAUGAAAAUAUUGUAAUGUUCAGGAUAAGCUGGUUAGUAGUAAUCAACACUGAAUCCAUUAUUUAUACUUGUACACAGAUUAUGGAGACAGAAAUUCCCAAGGCUCUUGAGAUUUUCUAAAUGGUUAAAUUUUCCUAAAUGGUUUUUGUUGACUUCUACACUUCUGAGAGAGACCUGGAACUUCAGAUUGUGGCUUAAAUAACCACUGUGAGUAGAAUAAAUCUCAUUCUAUGGCAACAAGAAUGAGUUGAUCUUAAGGAAAAUGCGACCUGCUCUACCUACACAGGUGAGGUAGAUACAGCUAGACUUAAGACAUUUUCAGUAAUGGCUUUUUGCCUUUACAGCUCAUUUAGUUGUCUGCCUUGUAGAUUAUUUUUCCCUCAGGCUUUUGACUAAGGAUUUUUGAAAAAUAAUUUUUAGCAACUAUACGGCCUGCUUCCAAACUAAAUACUUUUUAUGGAUUUUAUUUUAGGUUGCUCAAUGGUUACUGAAUACAGUUUUAAUAUUUAUUUAUAUUUAUUGUCAUGGUGGUGUUUUUAUUUGUGAGCUGCCAUGAGCAGGUUGCUGGACAAACAGCAUAAAAAAACCCUAAAUAAUCUUAACUGGGGCUAAGCCAUGUCUAUUAAGACAACUGUAUUCCAUUUUCAUUGGCUACCAAGGUGUUUUCAGACAGUUCUGAAACUUUAAAAGGCCUAAAUGAUGUAUGAUGCUAAGCUUCAUAUGAACCUACCACCAACUUAAGACAUUUCUUGAAAGCUCUUCACAGUCUCAUCAGACAUUUUAUGACUAUACAGUACAGGACUUUUCCAACAGUGGCUCUAAAAUUGUGGAUCCCUGAGGAAAUCUGCCUUGCUUUUUUCCUGAUGUUUUUGUCUCAUACUUCAUAUUUUUACAAUAUACUCUUAAACUUUUAAAAAAAUAGCAAGGUAGUUUCCUGCCACAUUCACCAUAAACUUCAAUUCAGCAUGAAUAAUGCUUCCUUUAUUGACCUAAAAGAAUCAGGUAGCCCAAUCUCAUCAGAAUUUGGAAGCCAAACAGGGUCGGCUGUGGUCAGUAUUAGGAUGGGUGGCCAGCAAGGAACAAGGCCAGGGUAGCUACACAGAGGCAGGCAAUGGCAAACUUAUCUCUGAACAUCUCUUGCCUUGAGAAAAUCCUACACGGCCCUAAACGGAUUGGGACCAGCAUACCUGAGGGACCGUCUCUCCCUGUAUGUGUCCCGGAGAGCGCUUCGUUCAGCGGGUAAGAACUUAUUGGUGAUCCCUAGCCCUAGGGAGGCUCGUUUGGCCUUGACCAGGGCCAGGGCCUUUUCGGUCCUGACCCCAACCUGGUGGAACUCUUUGUCUGAGGACACUCGGGCCUGCCAGGAUCUUGUAUCAUUUCGGCGGGCCUGCAAGACAGAGAUAUUCCACCAGGUUUAUGGUUGAGGACAGCGUUAGGACCAUCAUUGAGCCCCCCACCGCUCUCCAGUAUUCGAGUACAGCUCAUGUGUCUGUCUACCUCCUCUUUGUAUGCUGGGGGCAGGAUUGUGUAGCCAACUAUAUCAGGUUUUUAAUUGAAUUUUAUUGUAUAAUUUGCUAUGUAUUUUAUUGUAUUUUAUGACUGUUGUACCCCGUCCUGAGCCCACUUGUGGGGAAGGUGGGUUAAACACCAAAUAAACUAAACUAAGAAACUAAACUACAGGGUUGCCAUAAGUUGGCUAUGAUUUGACAGCACCAAAAAAAACCCAUAAACAAUGCUCACUUUUUAUAGAGCUCUUUAAUGUCCUCAGAUUUAUUUGCAGUUCACUUCGAUGUUUGUAUCAGGCUAGUUAAUACAUCAUCUUGCCUGCUGUGGUUUAUUGUACUUUGUAGGUUUUUACCAAUUAUAACCUGCAAUCAAAUUAAUGCAGGUCAUAAAUAUUUUAGUAUACACAAACACACAAGGGACUGGAUAUGAAAAUCAUCUUUCCCAUUUCAUAUAUAUGUCUCAUGCACUGUUCUUGCAGUGAAAAUUACAGAAAUGCAAAUCCUACUUAAUUGGGAAUAAUCAGAGUAAGAGCUCUCCAGAGUAAGCUCUCCAUUUUUGCUACUGAAAUCAGUUACUUACCUCUUACUCGAACAUUCAAUUGUUUGAUAAAAAUAGAAAAUUUAUCCAGUUUUCUGCUCUCUAAUACCUUAUUGCAUUGUUUAUUGAAUGUCCUGGCAUAGACCAUAUAGACUUACACUAUGUAACCUGCCUUGAACCUCAGUAAGAUGGACUAUAAAUAAUGUAAACAAACAAAUAAAAGGCAUUGGAUGAAUAUGCAA